AUGUGGGCUGAGGUGUUGCUUCUGCCCUGCAGGGCCGGGCUGCGGCUGCUCCCGCCGCUCCGGCUGCGGCACCGAGCGCCGGGCGCCAUGAAGCUGCAGUCCCCCCAGUUCCAGGCGCUCUUCACGCCGGGGCUCCGCAGCGUGGCAGAAUUGUUUGAGAAGAAGAACUAUGAGCUGAGAAUAGCAGGAGGUGCUGUGAGGGAUUUACUAAGUGGAAUGACGCCACAAGAUAUAGAUUUUGCCACUACAGCUACACCAGCAGAGAUGAAGGAAAUAUUCACAUCUGCUGGUGUUCGUCUGAUCAAUAACAAAGGAGAAAAACACGGAACCAUUACUGCCAGGCUCCAUGAACAGAAUUUUGAAAUUACUACUCUUAGAAUAGAUGUUGUCACCGAUGGACGACACGCAGAGGUUGAAUUCACCACUGACUGGGAAAAGGAUGCUGAAAGGAGGGAUCUGACUAUCAAUUCCAUGUUUUUAGGUUUGGAUGGGAUGCUGUAUGAUUUUUUUAAUGGAUAUGAAGACUUGAAAAACAAUAAAAUUAGAUUUGUAGGAAAGGCAAGUGAGAGAAUACAAGAAGAUUAUUUACGAAUCCUAAGAUAUUUCAGGUUUUAUGGAAGAAUCGCAGAGAAACCUGGUGAUCAUGAGCCCAGUACACUGCAAGCAAUUAAAGAAAACGCUAAAGGUUUGGCUGGAAUAUCAGGAGAAAGGAUUUGGGUGGAACUGAAAAAAAUUCUCCUUGGAAACCAUGUGAAUCAUUUGGUUCGACUUAUGUAUGAGCUGGAUGUUGCCCAAUACAUAGGACUACCACUUGAUGGAAGUUUAGAGGAAUUUGACAGAGUCACUAAAAAUGUUCAAAAUCUCUGUCCAAAACCGAUGACUGUUCUGACAUCAUUGUUCAAGGUGAAGGAUGAUGUCACAAACCUUGAUCUGAGGCUGAAAAUCUCAAAAGAAGAAAAAAACCUUGGCCUUUUUUUAGUGAAGCACCGGCAAGAGUUAACCAAAGCUAUGGGUCCAGAACCACUUAAACCAUAUCAGGACUUCAUAAUGGAUUCUAGGGAAGCUAAUACAAAUUCCAAGAUCUGUGAGCUUCUAAAAUACCAAGGAGAAGAAAAUCUUUUAAGAGAAAUGCAGCAAUGGACUGUUCCUUCUUUUCCUGUUAGUGGCCAUGAUUUAAGAAAAAUGGGUGUGUCUUCUGGAAAAGAAAUUGGAAUAGCAUUACAGCAGUUAAGGGAUGAAUGGAAGAAGAGUGGAUACCACAUGGAUAAAGAAGAACUGUUAAGUUGCCUGAAGAAGUUGUAAAAUUGAAUAGUAGUAGAGAACAGUUCAUGCUGUAUUCUAAGUGUAACUGAGAUACCAGUAAAUACUUUGUCACUGUA